CUCGGCUCGGCUCGGCUCGGCUCCCUGACCUCGACCCGCUCCUGAAAUGUCUUCAAUCAGAGAAAGAGCCGCCGCGCUGCACCUGGAGGAGAAGCUGAGCCUCCGUCCUCACGGUGUGUCUCCAGCCCCCGCCCGGCCCCCCCACCCCGCCUCCGGGUGGCGCUCUCUCCUCCAUCGCCUCCGCUCCUCGGUGACGGUCAAACGGAGACGACUUCACCUCAAGUCUCACAGCGACUGUUUCCUCGGCAACGAAGCUGCAGACGUCCUGCAGGAGCAUCUGAGAGCAGAGACGGGCGCCAGUGUGUCCCGGGACAGGGUGGUGUGUGUGUGUCAGGUCCUGCUGCAGUGUGGUGUGUUCGAGGCCGUGGGAAAUAAAGUGUUUGGGAAGGAGAAGAAACGAGACGCGUUUCAGGACAGCAGGAGCGCCCUCUACAGGUUUGUGGACGGCUGCUCUCCGGCGGUGGAGGAUCUGGAAAGGGGGGCGCUGGAGAACGGGAUCCAGAACCUGUUCUGUGGGGCUGCUGUGGACAGGUGGACAGCCGUUCUGACCUUUGACCUUUUCCACCGGUUUCACACGGUUCCACUCCACUUCAACCCAACGGGCUGGAGGACGGACCCCAGCGGAACCCCGGCGGGUGUCCGGGACUCGAGCCUCCUGUUUGUUCCAGGCAGCCGGAGCGGUUGUGUCCCGCUGGUUCUCACGCCGUCCAGACGUCCACUCCUCUGCGUCCCGCUCAGCCGGAGCCCCCGGCGGAGAACCCGAGUCCGAGUCCCGGCGGAGCGCUGGCCGACUCGCGUGAGUGGAUCGCCGUUCCCCGUCGCCACGGCGACCGCUCCGGCUCUCUCCCCCUCAGGGGCGGAGGAGGUGUGGCGGGAGCAGACGCUGCUCCGCCUGCUGGACUUGGUGGAGCUCCCCCUGCUGGACGGCCUGCUGCACUGCGUCCGGAACCCGCCCGCCCCGGAACCCAUCCACAGCGGAAGCCAGCUGGACCGCCAGAUCCUCCGGGCCUUCAGGGACUCGCAGGAGGACCGGUGGCUGCGGGCGGCCCUGGACUGCCUGGACUUCCUCCCGGACCAGCUGGUGGUGGAGCUGAGCCGGGAGCUCCCUCACCGGUUCCCCGGAGAGACCCCGGCCGGGGGCCAGCGUUCGAUUCCCGGCCCGCCCGGACCCCCCGGCGGCGCCCCGGCGCCCGGCCCGCCCCCCCUGGACCGCUGGAAGCUGGUCCUGUUCCGGACCCUGGCCCGGCACUACGGCGGCGCCGGGCGGGCGGCGCUGCUGCCGAUCGGCAUGAAGGACGUCUACAGCGCCGUCACCCAGCUGCUCGUGGAGGCCCGCCUCCACCCGGCCCUGGAGGCCCUCCAGCUGUGCCUGAAGCUGCUGCCGUCCCGCCGCAGGGUGGAGCUGCACCACCUGCUGGCCUUCAUGGCCGUGGCCUCCGACCCGGACCAGGUCCGGCUGGACCAGGAGGUGGAGAACAGACGGGUGGUGCAGACCUGCUUCUCCAGAGCCAUUCUGGACGGGAAGACCCUGAACCAGGACCAGCAGGACCUGCUGCUGGUCUUCAUGCUCAGCAACGUCCACGACGUCUUCAAGAUUCCAGGUUCUCUGCACAAACUGGUGAGUGUUCAGCUGUCGGGCCCGGAGCAGCGGAGGAAGCCCCUCCCGCUCCACCAGUGUAGACACAUGAGUGACUCUCUCUCUCCUCCAGGCUCCACCUCCUGCCAGCAGGCCUCCACCCGGACCACCACCACCACCCAGGAGCUGUGGAGCCUCCUGAACAACAUCCACCUGGACCCGCACACCUCCACCCGCGAGAGGAAGCGCCUCCUCCGUCAGUUCCAGCAGGCCCACCCUCAGAUCUUCUAUGAAUACUUCGGCGACUCUGCUCGCUCUGUGCUGUAGCUCUGCCCAGACUCCGCCCUCAGCCCCGCCCCUAUCCGCCAUCAGCCCCGCCCCUCUGCUCUCAUUGGUCGGUCCGGGGGAAGCGGACUUUAUUGUGAAAACCUGAGUUGUUGACGUCCGAGUUCAGUUUUCAAAAUAAAAUAAAGGUCUAAGAGUUUCUGCUCGGCUUCAGCUGAUCCGUCUGUCUGAUCCUGGACGACCGGACUGGGCUGGAAACCGUUUCCAUGGUUACACAGCUUUAGCCUCCCUCUGACGAUGGAACCCUGGGAUGGAACGCUGGAGUCCCUGAGAGGACGGCUGGACAGCGGUCCAUCUGGGGGACUCCAUGGUUCUACUGGGAGACUUUAAGGCCCUCGUGGGCAGAGACACUGAGCGUCAUUUAUAGAAGUCCCACAAUGCAUCACUGUUAAAAUGAGAGCACCGUUGCUCUGUACAGUUAGCAUUAGCGUUAGCGAAGGAGAACCUGCUGAUCA